AUGGCUUCCAUGGACCUUACUUCUGCUUCCUUCGACGACUUUAACACGCAACUACAAGGUUUAGCAUUGAAGGCCACACGAAACUCUAUGCUUUUACCUGCAGAUAUCUCAUAUCACCGUUCAAUGGACUCCAGUUUCUCGAAAGACUUGGACCUUUUCUCCUCGCAGGUGCUCUCGUUAGCGAACAAGCUUGUGUCAUUGGCUGGGACUGCCGAACUGUCUGGGAAGGGAAAAGGGAGAUUAGAAGACGAAGACGACAUUGUCGAUAACUUUCAUCCCCUCGUAGUGGACCGCAUGGAUCAAGUGUUGGAGAAGACGGAUAUAUGUUUAGAUGACUUUCUCGGGCGAAACAAAGCACCAGCCAUUGCAGUUAAUCCGAAAGCCCCUACCGCCAUGAAAAAGAAAACAUCAUCGAAAGGACAACUGGAUCCCGUUAUCCAACAUGCCUCUCAUCUUCCUAAACCUCAGCUUGCAUUUAAGAGCAAACCUGAUCAUAGCGAUACCCUGUGGCGCCCUUCUCUGUCUCACAAAUAUAACGCACAAGUUCCGUUGGGAUAUCAAUACCACGAUUCUGACUUCUCUAUUGAUGGGGAUACUACUUUGAGGUUACACCCGUAUAGAUACGAAAUUACUCAUACUCUAUAUCCAUCGCAUAUGUUUCAUCAGUCGACACCCAUAUCUCCCCAACCUUUCGAUUCCACAACCUUCAAAUGGGUUGAUACCGUCGCCGAGUUAACUUCGAUGAUUGAAGAACUACGAAAGACACAAGAAAUAGCCGUGGACUUGGAACAUCACAGCUACCGUUCAUAUAGCGGUUUCCUAUGCUUGAUGCAGAUUAGCUCGAGAGACCAAGAUUGGAUUAUAGACUUGCUUACGUUAAGAGAGGAGAUGGAGGUCUUGAACGAAGUUUUUACGGAUCCUAAGAUCGUGAAGGUUUUACACGGUGCCGAAAGUGAUGUCGUAUGGUUGCAACAAGACCUCAAUCUUUAUAUAGUAAACCUAUUUGAUACUUUCCAUGCCUCAAAAGUCCUUGGUUUCCCCAGACACGGGCUUGCAAAUCUUUUGGAAAUGUAUUGCGACUUCAUCCCUGAUAAACGUUACCAAUUAGCGGAUUGGCGGAUCAGACCCUUACCGGAAGAGAUGUUUGAUUAUGCCCGGUCUGAUACACACUUCUUGUUGUAUAUUUACGACAACCUCCGGAAUGCCUUACUGGAUCGUGCUCGUUCGAUGACAAUGUCUGAUGAACCGAGUAUGAUUGCCUCUUCAUCCAAAAUCGAUCCUCUACAUGCCCUUGUCAGAGAUGUACUAGUUCGGUCGGAAGAGACGGCUCUUCGUGUUUAUGAAAAGGAGAUCUACGAUGCCGAGAAUGGGUCCGGUAGCUCCGGAUGGGAUACGUUAGCAAGGAAAUGGAAUAAGGCGAAUCUAUCCAAUAGCGUGUCAGCAGCCGUGAUUCCUGGCAUGCAGAGAGAGGUUUACAGAAGAGUCCACAUGUGGCGAGACCGGAUCGCCAGGGAGGAGGAUGAAAGCACACGUUACAUUUUACCGAAUCAUUUCAUCUUCCAGUUCGCUGAACAACCCCCCGCAGACAUGGCGGCAUUAUUGCGGGUUUUUACCUCAGUUCCUCCUGUCAUACGGCGUAGGGCUAGGGAACUUCUGGAUGCAAUUCGCCAGGCUGUUGCUUCCCAGCUUCAAGACGAAACCCUUCCCUCCACUUCUUCUGAGGAAACACGCAAGGAGGAGCUGGUUUUGACUGAAAUUAAUGAAGUUGUUACGGACAGCACGCAAGAAGGUCUGUUGUGGAACAGUCCCCACGUAUCGACGACCAAUAAUCUAGUUGCCACUAAAUCGUCCCUGUUCUGGCCAACCACAAAUGUUACGCGCACGCGAAACUCUCUCAUCGCAAAGUCCAGUGCAUUAUUCAGGAAAUCUAAGUCUCCUCUUAGCAUCCCCACAUCUGCGCAGAAACGUAGAUUUAGUGAAGUCCUAUCUCGCAUUCAUAGUUCGUUCGUUAUUGUACCAUCUGCAACUACUGCGACUAAGAUCACCAUCAAUCCGGAUGAAACGGUAGCAAGUGCUUCAGGUGAUCUUGAUGAACACGAGGGUGUCUUGCCGGCUAGCGUACAACCAGAAAUCCCUUUCAUUCCAGCUUCACAGCGCACGAAGGAUCAAGUUAUGGAAGACGACAACAUAGUGGUCGUUGGACAAAAAAAGCAGAGAAAACGUAAACGAAACGCGACAGGAGUAGAUGGGGAGCCGUCAAGAAACGAGUCAGACACGCGGAAAAGAAAAAAGACGAAAUCUCCCGUUGCCGACGGACCUACCGAAAUCGAUGGGCCCUUCGACUUCAACUCUGUACCCAACGUUUUAGACGAACCUUCCCCUGCGGUUCCCAUUGUCAGGAAGGGAAAGGCGAAGACGACCAAAGACAAGCUGUUUUACGGCAACUUCCCAGCGCCUCCCAAGGCUCAUAGUGAACUCAGGAGUGCCAAUAAAUCGCAUACGUUCAAGUAG